CCAUCGUCCACCGGUGGCCGGAUAGCUAUAGGAGCCCGUCGGCCGGAACGAGCAUGCCAGCAGCCACCAUGGAGCCCGGAACCACCCCCUGGUCAACGGGCUUGUUCGACUGCGCCGACGACCAUGGCGUCUGCUUGCUGGGGUGGUGCUGCCCGUGCAUCGCGGUGGGGCGGAUGGCGGAGAUCCUGGACAAGGGGGCGACGUCAAGCGGCGCCGGCGCGGCCCUGUACAUGGCGAUAGGGGUGCUGUCGGGGUGGCAGUGCCAGUGGAUCUACUCCUGCGUGUACCGCACCAAGAUGCGCGCCCAGUACGGGCUCCAGGAGACCCCCUGCCCGGACUGCUGCGUCCACUUCUGCUGGCUCGAGUAUUGCGCUAUCUGCCAGGAGUACCGCGAGCUCCGCAACCGGGGCUUCGUCAUGGACAUCGGAUGGCACGCCAACGUGGAGCUACAGAAGCAGCAGGGCCGCAGCGACGGCUCCAUCGUGCCGCCCGCCACGCAGCACAUGAUAUGAAAGACAUGCUCAUCGUCGGCUGGUAUAUAUAUCGCUGGUGCUAGCUAUAGCUUAGCUACGUCCCUGUUGGAUUGGAUACAUGCUUAGUCUUUGCUGAUAGCAAAUCGCAACGUAUGUACGUUGCGGCUGGUUUGCUUCUUCCAUUUAGUAGGUAGGCAUCCUUGUUACGAGGUUUCAGGUUUUUCACGCUCGUAAGUGGUAACCAUGUACUAUCUGUUCGCACAUGAACACA